GGAACCGGCUGACUCUAGUUUUUCGUGUCAGUUAGGGAGCUGUUGCUUUCUCCGACCGUUAGCGCUUGUGUUUAUAUCUUAAUGCAGCUUGAUUACAAAGGAAGGUUUUUGCAUGUAACUGGCGGGGAUAUGUCAGGACGAUUAGACUGGGCACGUCUGUAGAAAUGUGUUACAAAGAGCACAGAACGGAGGCAGGUGUCCAUGGUAACCGCGCGACGCUUCUGCUGUGAAUCAUUCCUGCCGAAAACAGUGAAGACGAUGUUAAGUGCUGGGAAACAAAAGAAAGCCCUAAGAAGCUCCAUCGAUGAUGUUUUGGGUGAUCUUCUUGGGGAUGACGAUGUUACUUCCAGCAAAACCAGCAGGUCCCCAGCAGGUGUGGGGGGCACUGGUAGAACAGCGGGCCUGCCCUCGAGAAGCGGGAGAAAGUCUCUGCUUGAUGACGACUUCUUCAGCAAGCUAGCAGAGGAGGCUGGCAAGGACGAGGGGUCGGAUAUCUCUGAAGCUGAUCCUUUGGCUUUGUUGGACAGCAUGAAGGAUAUUGAUGACAUGGAUGCAGAUCUCUUUGGGUCGAAGAAGAAGCCCGGUUCCGCCCCCAGUGGUUCUCUGUCAGGUGGACUGAAGCAGCAGGAGAAACCCAAAGCAGCUCUGAGCGAGGAUCCUGGGACUGAGGGGAGGAAGCCCAGUUCUGCCCCAGCGGGCUCGGCUCGGCAGUACAAGAAGUUUACAUUCAAGGAUGAUGAUGAUGAUGGUGAUAUCCUUGGCCCGAGUCCUGGCAGUAAAGAGGAGGAAGACCCUUUAGAAGACCUCCUGGGUCCCGGCACCAAACAGGAGGAGACAGCCCCCCCUGCCUCUGCCCCAGCUCGGCCGGCUGCGGUGCUCAGGAAGCGGGAGGAGUUGAGCUUCGAAGAGGAUGGGGAUGACCUGAUCAGUGCACUGGGCUUCGGGGAGAGUCCUAAAGGGAGAAGGAGAGCGGAGGACGUGGCCCCCCAGCCAGCCCGUUCACGGCUGGAUGAGAUUCUGGGGCGCGGCACGGCCCCCCGACUGCUGGAGCGCCCCCUAACAGGAGAGAACAAGGAGGUUCAGCAGGAGAAGAAGAGCCACCGCAGCCAGACAGAUGCGGUCGUGGAGGAGGAGGAUUUCACGUUUGGGGCAUACCAGCCGACCGUGAUGUCCACUCCAGAGGAGCGACAGUCCCGCAGACAGUCAGUCAGAUUUUCAACUGAGGACCUUAGCGGGCUGUCGCCAGAGAAGAAGUUGAAGCCGGCCACACCUGCCACCCCUCUCUCGGCACGCUCCAGCAAACCAGCAGCGGAUUGGCUGGGACUGAAGGAGGAGGAGGCUGCGGAUUGGAGGAGUCCCUCUCCAGUGCGGGACAGCCUGAGGCCUUCCCCCUCUCCCGACAUGCCCGCACCCCAGAUUCCCUCCCCCUCAAACAAGCCCCUGGGCUCCAGCGGGCCACCCUCGGGGGCUAAGGUCACAGACACCCCGCCUCCUGCCAGUGGCAGGACCCCCCACUCAGGACCCAGGCUGGAGGCGUCUGUGUCCAAGGAGCAGGAUGACUGGCUGGCAGGGGCUCUGUCCCGCAAGAGACAGCAGGAGAAGGGAGCAGGGUCCUGGGACUUGGAUGAAACAGAUGCCCCUGUCAGCAAGCCUGUGUCCUCGCCCGCUUCCCGAAGAAGACCUUCACUGACUGAGCCUCCCAAUAACACUGGCUCUUCGUUACCCUGGGAGAACCCCCAAAGACAGGCUACUCCCCCUCCACCAAGUGGGACAAGGAGAGAGGAUCCUCCCAGGACAGUGCCUGCACAGAGACCAGUGGAGACAAACACACCUGCCCUGCAGCCACAGCAGGUAGCCCUUGACAGUGACCCUUUCCAGCAGCAGCUGGUGCAGUCCCAGGCGCGAGGGCUGGGACCCCUCGCCCCCAGGGAUUUGGAGAGCAGGCUGGGGGUCCUGCAGAAGCAAAUGAGGGAGUGCGAGACGGAGCAGCAGGCAGGGGAGCAGGCCUUGCAGACCCGACUCACACAGACGGAAUGCCAGGUGCGCAAGCUGGAGCUGGAGCGGGACCAGGCACAGCUCCUUUUGGACACCUUGAUGCAGAGACAGAGGCAAGACCUGGAGCUGGUGGAGAGCACACACAGGACUCGUGUGAAGCUGCUGGAGGAGGCGUCCCAGCAGAGGGAGGCUCAUCUGCGUCAGGAGAGCGAGGAGCUGCAGGAGCGCGUAGCGGCUCUGGUACGGAGUGCUGAGCGGGACCGAGCAGAGCUCACCACACAGCACCAGCGCCGGCUCGGCGAGGCACAGCAAGAGAGGGACCGUGAGGUGGAGCGAAUGCGGCAGCUGCAGAGGCAAUCCAUCCUGGAGAUGAAGAAGGACCACGAGGAGCAGCUGCAGCGUCUCAGGAGGCUGAAAGACCAGGAGAUCGAUGCAGUGACAAGUGCCACCUCCCAGACCAGGUCUCUGAACAUCGUGAUUGAUCAGAUGGAGUCGUUCUCUCGGAAGCUGGGAGACCUGUCCUACAGGGUGGAGAGCACACACGAGCAGACUGCCCAGGGCCUGGAGCAGGGGGCCAGGCAGAGAGAUGAUCAGCUCAGGGUGCUGCAGGAUCGCCUGAGCCAGCAGCAGAGAGACAUGGAGGACGAGAGGAGCCGGCUGCAGUCUGUCAUCACCAAGAUGGAGAGCCGGCUCAGCGAGCAGCAGCGGCUCUUGGAGAAGGAGCGCUGGCGCCUGACGGCCGAGCAGAGCAAGGUGGAGUCCCUGCAGAGGGCACUGGAGGAGGAGAGGAGGGUGCUCACCCAGCAGAUCAGCAUGGAGAGGGAGGAGUUGGAGAGGGCGAAGAGUGCUCUGCUGGAGGAGCAGCAUGCAGUGAUGCAGCGCUGUGCGGAGGAGCGCAGAAAGCUGGCGGCCGAGUGGACGGAGUUUCACAAGCAAGAGCAGCAACGGCAAGAGCGGGUGGAGCGAGAGGCCAGCCGGGCACUGGAGAGAGACUCGUACAGAGAGGGGUCUCUGAUCAGCCUGGCACAGGAACAGGCAGACAUCAAGGUGAAGGCGGGCGAGCUGAAGCUAAGAGAGGAGGCUCUGAUCCGGGAGCGGGAGGCUCAGGAGAGGGAGCGGCAGGAGCUGCAGCUGGAGAAGGAAAGGGUUAACGGGGCCGCGCUGCGCCUCCGGCAGAGAGCAGAGGAGAUGGACUCUGUCAGCAAGCUUGCAUCCCAGAAAUAUGAGGAGGGAGAACGCGCUCUGCUGGAAGCAAAGCAAGUCGCCUCAGAGCAUCAGGCAAGACUGAGGAGCAUCCACCAGCAAAUGGAGCGCCUGAGACAGCAGGAGCAGCACCUGCACCAGGAGCGGCUGAGGCUGUCUGACCAGCGCAGAGAGCUGGAGCAGCUGAGACGGGGGAUCCCUGUCAACACACUGGCCAGGCCAGUCCCCACCAAUUUUGCCCCGUUGUUUGCCAGCACCCAGCUCAUCGCCCCUCAGGAGCCAGUGCGCUCCCAGCCUGCUGCUGGUACUGGUUCCCCUGAGCUGCGGGCCAAGCUGGCCCUCCUCAGACACACGGCAGAGAAGGACAGAGACUUCCUGGAGGAUGAACAGUUUUUCCUGGAAACUCUGAAGAAGGCUCCGUACAACUCUUCCACUCAGACAGCCUGACCCCAACAACCGAGGACUGCACAGCAGCAGCCAGCUGGAGAGUUAACCUUGGGUUUCAUAUAUUUUUUAC